GUGUAUUUGUUGACGAAUUACCAGAAAGUGUACAAGAUGUUUAUGAAGCAAAAACAAAGGAUUAUUAUUCAAAGUUUCAGCCAAAGGAUACAACAUCUUCUUCAUCGCCACCAUCACCACCUGCCACUAAUCCAACUACUUCAGUCACAUCAACAACAACUUUACCUCAUAAUCCUCCAGAUUUUACUUCUUCAAUAAGAGAUACUACAACUGUGACAGUUUCUACAAUUGCAACAAUCAACUUGAUUGUUUACGUUACUGAAACAAGAGAAAUUCCUACAAUCAACAAUUUCGUCAUGAAUACUGUCGGAGUUACCAAAUCUUCAACUGGAGAAGAACUUGCUGUCCAUAUUGUUGCUUUCUAUCCAAGAGACCCUGAUGUAAAAACAAAUCUACAAAGGAUAGAACCAAACCAAUUUGUUCGCGUGGGAGGGAAAUUUAUGAUUGAUGAUACAGAUGUGGACAAUUCGAGUGUGAAGUUCUUGAAGGUGAUGGCAACAAACUUGACAGUCAUGGAACUUGAAAACGAAGAAUUGGAAUCAUCAGACAUUGUUGUUACAAUGACUGCAACAGCAAUGAACCAACACGGAAGGGAUGAGUUUAACAUCACAAUCAAAACAAAUAAAUGGUAG